AUGCAAGACGCCAAGAUGCAGGACGUGCCAGAGGAUGAAGACUCGGAAGCUGAGAUGAACCGCAUCAUGGGCUUCAAGACUUUCCGCACCACAAAGAACACCAAGGUUCCCGGCAACGACAAGAACUUUGCAGUCUAUAAGGUCAAGAAGGCAGAGUACCGCCAGUACAUGAACAGAACGGGAGGAUUCAACCGACCUCUUUCUCCGUCGAGAGUAUGA